AUGAGAUGCACCGAGCAACAAAGGGAGUGCGCAUGCUCAGUUGCGGAUCCCGGUACCGCGUACGAGUCCGUUUAUGUUUUGACCGAAUGCUGGAGAUCACUAGAUGCUGAAUCCUGCAGAGCAUGUUUGGAGAGUGCAUCUACAUCUUUAUUAGGAUGCUUACCUAAAUCUGAAGGAAGGGCAUUAAACACUGAAUGUUUCAUGAGGUAUUCAGACACCAAUUUCCUUAAUUCCAUACCACAAACUGGAUCUUCAAGAGGUGCGGCUGUAGCAGUAUAUGGAGCUAAUAGUUCUGCUGGCAGGGAUAUUCUCUGGGAAAACCUGAUAGCUUCAGCUGGGAAUAUACAUAGUCCUUGGGUAGCAAUAGAGGACUUUAACAAUGUCUUACAUGUUCAUGAAAGAAUAGGAGGGAAUAGAGUCACAGUGGUUGAGAUCCAGGGGUUGCAAAGCUGGGCACAGGAGAUACAGGGCACUCAAAUGUUUCAACUUGCUAAGAAACUAAAAAGGCUAAAACCAGUCCUUAAGCAGUUGAACAAAGAGCAAUAUGCAGAGAUACAAGUGAAUGAGGACUUGCAGAAAAUAGAAAGGGAACAAUACAGAAAGUAUGUUGAAAUCAGUAAGGCAGUGGAAAGCUUUCUGCAUCAGAAAGCAAAGGAUAAAUCGUAUAUGCUCAAUAUUUGUGAAUUUUUAGCAGAAACAAUUAGGUCAAUGCAGCAGCAGACAAAGUUCAAAAAAGGAGGAAAGUCAAGCCACAGGAAGUCAAUGAAGCACUCUGGAGCAUUCACAGUGGGAAGAGCCCAGGACCAGACGGUUUUGGGAAAUGCAGGAGACUACAGGCCCAUUGCCUUUUGUAAUGUGGUGUAUAAGGUAAUAUCUAAGCUUUUAUUGAGUUUGUUAGUAGUAGACUUAUCCUUCAUAAUGUACUACUUACUCAGGAAUUAUUCCUUUAGCAAUCUGAUCAUGGAAUGUAAUGGCAGGAAAAUUCCUCUGGUCAGCUGGGAUGUGAUUUGCAGGCUAAAAAGCGAAGGAGGGCUUGGCAUAAGAGAUGCGCAGAGCCUGCCUUAUACUCAGAAUGGCAUCCUCUUGACGAUUUUUCCAAGCAAUACCAAAAAUGAAACGAUGAUUAUGCAAGAAAAUACGUUUUCGAGAACACAUAAAUUCUCAAUUUCCCGCACGAAAUGGAAUCCUCUUCAUAAAACAAAAGAAUUUCAGGCGAAUUUUUCAAGAAUUGAAAGCUCUAAUUUGCUCAAUGGAGGUGAAACCAUCAUAUCUGAACGACUGAUAAAGCAUCACUAUCUUAGAAGAGAAAUCAAGAAGAAAGGGGGGAAAAAAAUGUCUUCAACCUCUACUCGUAUGAUUUUGGUCUUGUGCUGGAUCUGCCUUUACUGCAACUGUGAUGCUGUUACUACUGGACUGCCUCCAAGAGUGUUUAAUGUCAUCAAUUAUGGUGCUAGACCUGAUGGCUUCUCCGAUAACAGUCGGGAGUUUUUGAGAGCUUGGAAAGAUGGCUGUGAAUAUGAAGGGAGGAGUAGAAUUCUAAUUCCAAAAGGGACGUACGAAUUGAAUUCGGUGACUUUUGCCGGUCCAUGCAAAGGGGCAAUGUCAUUUCUGAUCAAAGGAACUCUUUUGGCCCCUACAAAUCCUGCCUUGUUUGUCAAUUACGACACUUGGAUUGGGUUUAAAUACCUUGAUAAUUUGACUGUGAAAGGAGGUGGACUCUUGGAUGGAAGAGGGAAAUCCGCUUGGAAAUAUAACAAUUGUGCCAUCAAAAGCGAUUGCGACCGUCUCCCUACUACAUUGAGGUUGGACUUCGUACACAACUCAAGUAUCAAAUACCUAAGAUCAGUUAACAGUAAGAUUGAGCAUAUCAUCGUGUUUGGAUCAUCCAACCUAAACAUCAGUUUCCUAAAGUUAACUACUCCAAACGAGGGACAUAACACCGACGGCAUUAAAAUCGCCCGCUCCAAAAACAUUAGGGUCUCAAGAUCGAUGAUCCAAACAGGAGACGACUGCAUUGCAUUGCUUUCCGGCAGCGAAGACAUCGAUAUUAGUGAAGUUGUUUGUGGGCCCGGCCACGGGAUAAGUAUUGGUAGCAUCGGGAGAGGACACUGGAAAGACCCCGUAAGGGGGGUCCACGUCGCAAAUUGUACCUUUUUAGGUACACAGAAUGGCGCCAGGAUCAAAACUUGGUCCCCUUCCGAUUACGUCUUGGUUUCGGACGUAAGUUUUGAAGAUAUCGAAAUGGAGAGCGUUAACAAUCCCAUCUUCAUUGAUCAAGACUAUUGCCCUUUCUGCGAGAACCGCAAGAUUGGAUCAUCACAAUCACGAGUUCAAAUUAGACAUGUAACAUUCAGAAACAUAUGGGGGACAUCAAGUUCGAAAAUCGCGGUAAAUUUACACUGCAGCAAUGUGAAGCCAUGCCAAAAUGUAAAGCUUGUGGACAUAGACUUAUCUUAUGAAGGCCCCAUUGGAGGACCUCCAUUAGCCUCCUGUUUCAAUGUCUACGGUGUUGCUUAUGGAAAACAAGUUCCUUCUGGCUGCGUCAUCUAAAGUAAUCAUCAUCAUCACAUUAAUUUUUAGCUUUUCUUUUUUUUUUUUUGGUUUUUCAAUUGAUACUAGUUCAAUAUAGAUAGGUUCAGGGUUUUGACCUAGCUAGACUAAUUUAUUGUUGGUAUUUAUCAUCAUCAAAAUCACCCCACAGCUAGAAUGUUUCAGCAACAAUAUUCAUU